AUGGCUGAUGAAAGAGAAGAAAUCGAAAACGAACAAGAGAUUCGAAGACUUUUAUUAGUUGUCGCUAAUGGAACUCUUCGAGAAAAUGUAAGUAACGAUGUGAAAUAUAUGGAAAAAAAGAGAUUUUUCCAGGAUGAUUUGAUAAUGAGGGCCAGAAAUCGUGUUGAAAUCCCACAAUAUAACCGUGGAAAACCAACCAGCCAGGAGCAACUCACUCAUCUGUUCCCCGUGUAUCAUGAAGUGGGUUUUUUCUCCCAAUAACUCAACUCAUAUCAUAUUAAUUUCAGUCGAUCAAACUGGAUCUAUAUCAAAUCAUCGAGAAUGAACACUUGUAUCAUUAUAUGAAUCAGAUUGCAGUUAUAAUAACAAUUCCGUGGCAGAAAUGUUCCACGGAAUUGUUAUUCAUUGUGGCUCGUCAAAUUGGGAAAAAAAUCCAGAGUAUGUAUUAGAGAUUUUGAAAGACUUGCUCCAAAAUCCGAGAAGUAUCUACACAGAUAUAACAAAUGUAAGUUAUUCUACUCUACAAUAAUAAAAAAAUAAUAAUUUAUUUUCUAAUUCAGAGUUUACUAAAUACUCCCGAGAGCAAUGAUGUGAAAAUUUUGACUGCUCGAAAUUUUCCCAAAAUUGAACGGGUUCGAUUUAUAGCAACUUAUUACAAUCACCCAUGCUUUGCGGAAUUAUUGAAGUAAGUUGAUUUUCUAAUGAAAAAUCGAAUCAAUUAAAAUUUAUUUUCAGCCAUGUCACUACUUGCAAAAUAAAUCACAGUCGCAGACUUUGA